GAGCCGCUGCUCAGGUCGCUUCCGUACAGAGCAUGCUUUAAUUUUCAAUAAGGCCCUGCUUUUGUUGUUUUGUUGCUUCAUUCUUUCUUUGCUUUGCUGGGCGUUUUGUCCAAUGCUUUGUUAAAAACGCCAAGAACCUGGACAACUUGCAGUCACGACCCUCUACCGGUGACAAUAUCAUUUAAAUAUUGGUAGUGGCUUAAGGUAGCAAACAUCCCUUUGUGGAACGUUUACUCAGUAAAUCCUUAAAAAACAGAUCAGAAACAAAAACUGGCCUCCCAGGGAUUUGGACUCAGGAGGUGAAUUAGGCGCGGAGAGGGCGGAGCCUUUGGGGUUUAUGGGCGGAAUUGCGCAGGGUUUGGCGGGGAUCUCUGCUCCGCCUUGGCACUACUCGGCUCCGCUCGCCUCCGCGCGGCUCCCUGGGCUUUCACUCGGCUCUGUUCGGCUCCUGCUCCGGAAGGGUGCGCGGGGGCGAGUCCUGCGCAUGCGCCCUCAAUUCCUGCUGCUCUCAGGGCUGCGCUCAGCCUCGUGUUUUCACUUCCUUCUUUUCAGAGCUGUAUCCGGGUCGCUGCUUUCCCUAUUGUCUGAGGCAGCCGCCCUCGCGCUGUGCAAUUUCUGGUCUUUCGUUGCUUCUGGUCCAGGCUAAUAAAGUUUUUCUUUCUUUGAUUUUUUUUUUCUUCUAGUUUUAACGGGAGAAAUUAACUCCCCGGGGCCGCCGGGUUGACUGCGCUGCCUGGGCCGGAGGUCUUCUCCGGCCAGGGAGCGCUGUGGGAAGGGGCUCGAGCGGCCAGGGCCAGGCGAGGCCGGGGGGGCGGGGGGUUAGGGGACCGCGGGGCUACUCUUGGGAGCGCCCCUGUCCGGUUGGCUGCGCGCCGGUUUUAAAUAGCAUCUUUAGGACUUGUCUUCGCGGCCCCAGUCCCCGACCUCGGCGCUGCCUGGGCUCCUGCAGCCUCUCCCUAAGUCUUCUCCAAACGACCACCUCACGGAUUCCUUAUGGAUCGCAGCUCCAAGAGGAGGCAGGUGAAGCCUUUGGCAGCUUCUCUGCUGGAAGCUCUUGAUUAUGAUAGUUCAGAUGACAGUGAUUUUAAAGUUGGAGAUGCCUCAGAUUCUGAAGGGAGUGGUAAUGGAAGUGAAGAUGCUUCAAAGGACAGUGGAGAAGGUUCCUGUAGUGAUUCUGAAGAAAAUAUUUUAGAAGAAGAACUGAAUGAAGAUAUUAAAGUAAAAGAAGAACAACUUAAAAAUUCUGCAGAGGAAGAAGUACUAUCAUCAGAAAAACAAUUAAUUAAAAUGGAAAAGAAGGAGGAAGAAGAAAAUGGAGAAAGACCUAGAAAGAAAAAGGAGAAAGAGAAGGAAAAAGAAAAGGAAAAGGAGAAAGAGAAGGAAAGAGAGAAGGAAAAAGAAAAAGCAACAGUGUCUGAGAAUGUGGCUGCUUCUGCUGCUGCCACCACACCAGCCACAAGUCCUCCUGCUGUUAACACAUCCCCUUCUGUUCCCACUACGACAACUGCUACAGAGGAACAAGUCAGCGAGCCAAAAAAAUGGAACCUUCGACGAAACCGACCACUUCUGGAUUUUGUGUCCAUGGAAGAGCUGAAUGACAUGGAUGACUAUGACAGUGAGGAUGACAAUGAUUGGCGACCUACUGUAGUAAAGAGAAAAGGGAGAUCUGCAUCUCAGAAAGAGGGAAGUGAUGGAGACAAUGAGGAUGAUGAAGAUGAGGGAAGCGGGAGUGAUGAAGACGAGAAUGAUGAAGGCAAUGAUGAAGAUCAUAGUAGCCCUGCCAGUGAAGGGGGUUGCAAGAAGAAGAAGAGUAAAGUUCUUAGCAGAAACAGUGCUGAUGAUGAGGAACUGACCAAUGAUAGCCUGACCCUAUCUCAAAGCAAGAGUAAUGAGGACUCGCUGAUUCUUGAGAAGAGUCAAAACUGGAGCUCUCAAAAAAUGGACCAUAUUCUGAUUUGCUGUGUUUGUCUGGGAGAUAAUAGUGAGGACGCUGAUGAAAUAAUUCAGUGUGACAAUUGUGGCAUUACAGUCCAUGAAGGUUGUUAUGGAGUUGAUGGAGAGAGUGACUCUAUUAUGAGUUCAGCUUCUGAAAACUCCACUGAACCUUGGUUUUGUGAUGCCUGUAAAUGUGGUGUUUCUCCUAGCUGUGAACUGUGUCCUAAUCAGGAUGGAAUUUUCAAGGAGACAGAUGCUGGAAGAUGGGUUCAUAUUGUUUGUGCCCUGUAUGUUCCUGGAGUAGCCUUUGGAGAUAUUGACAAAUUACGACCAGUAACACUAACGGAAAUGAACUAUUCCAAAUAUGGUGCCAAGGAGUGUAGCUUUUGUGAAGACCCUCGCUUUGCUAGAACUGGGGUUUGCAUUAGCUGUGAUGCAGGGAUGUGCAGAGCCUAUUUCCAUGUGACCUGUGCUCAAAAGGAAGGUCUGCUUUCAGAGGCUGCGGCAGAAGAGGAUAUAGCAGAUCCAUUCUUUGCUUAUUGUAAGCAACAUGCAGAUAGAUUAGACAGAAAGUGGAAGAGAAAAAACUACUUGGCUCUACAGUCCUAUUGUAAAAUGUCUUUGCAAGAGAGAGAGAAGCAACUAUCACCAGAAGCACAGGCAAGGAUCAAUGCCCGGCUUCAGCAGUAUCGUGCCAAAGCAGAACUAGCUCGAUCUACCAGACCCCAGGCCUGGGUUCCAAGGGAAAAAUUGCCCAGACCACUCACCAGCAGUGCUUCAGCUAUUCGUAAACUUAUGCGGAAAGCAGAACUCAUGGGGAUCAGUACAGAUAUCUUUCCAGUGGACAAUUCAGAUACUAGUUCUAGUGUGGAUGGAAGGAGAAAACAUAAGCAACCAGCUCUCACUGCAGAUUUUGUGAAUUAUUAUUUUGAGAGAAAUAUGCGCAUGAUUCAAAUUCAGGAAAAUAUGGCUGAACAAAAGAAUAUAAAAGAUAAAUUAGAGAAUGAACAAGAAAAGCUUCACGUAGAAUAUAAUAAGCUAUGUGAAUCUUUAGAAGAACUACAAAACCUGAAUGGAAAACUUCGAAGUGAAGGACAAGGAAUAUGGGCUUUACUAGGCAGAAUCACAGGGCAGAAGUUGAAUAUACCGGCAAUUUUGCGAGCACCCAAGGAGAGAAAACCAAGUAAAAAAGAAGGAGGCACACAAAAGACAUCUACUCUUCCUGCAGUACUUUAUAGUUGUGGGAUUUGUAAGAAGAACCAUGAUCAGCAUCUUCUUUUAUUGUGUGAUACCUGUAAACUACAUUACCAUCUUGGAUGUCUGGAUCCUCCUCUUACAAGGAUGCCAAGAAAGACCAAAAACAGUUAUUGGCAGUGCUCGGAAUGUGACCAGGCAGGGAGCAGUGACAUGGAAGCAGACAUGGCCAUGGAAACCCUACCAGAUGGAACCAAACGAUCAAGGAGGCAGAUUAAGGAACCAGUGAAAUUUGUUCCACAGGAUGUGCCACCAGAACCCAAGAAGAUUCCGAUAAGAAACACGAGAACCAGAGGACGAAAACGAAGCUUCGUUCCUGAGGAAGAAAAACAUGAGGAAAGAGUUCCUAGAGAGAGAAGACAAAGACAGUCUGUGUUGCAAAAGAAGCCCAAGGCUGAAGAUUUAAGAACUGAAUGUGCAACUUGCAAGGGAACUGGAGACAAUGAAAAUCUUGUCAGAUACCCUUCAUGAGACCCAACUCUGCCACAGCUCAUCCUCGGAGGCAAUCCCGGAAACCUCUUUUAUAAGUGUGAUUUUAAAAAUGUGGAUUAAACUCUCGAUAGAGUACAUAAAGUAAAGGAGAACAGCUAUAUUGUCCUUUCUAUAAGCUUGUCACUGCAAAAAGUUGCCUUUUGCUUGUCAGGUUUGGAUAGAAUAUAAUUGAUUGGUUUGUUACUUGGACUAACAAGGCAGUAGAUUUGCCUGUGUGGAAUUUUUUUUCCUAUUUUUCUUCUUUUUGCUUUUUUUGCACUAAUCAGAAAUAUUUGAUGUGUGCGUUGUUGAAAAAUACUGGAUACAUGUCUUGUCAGAAUUGUCGUAUUAAGUAAUGUCUUUCCCACUUGCUUCUUUGGCAAAUGUUGAUACACAGUGUUUGGACUUACUGAAGAGUUACUGAAGCCUGUGGGAUUUAAUAAAUACAAUAUGCUACUCCCUGUUGUGAUUGAACAAUACAAAUAACAAACAAGAAAGACAAUGCAUUCCAUUAGUCUGCUAUUCUGUUUCCUUCAACUUCAUACAUAGAUUCAUAUAUGAAGUACUGCAUUGUAAAACAACUAUAGACUCAUAUUAAAUGUUAUUUCUAUUUAUAAUAUUCAGCAAAAGUGAAAGACUUGUGAAGCAUAUGACAUUCUAUUUUUGACUUAUUAGUCCUAGUGUGAAAGCAUUAAUAUUAUUAGCAUGAAAUUUUUACUUCAGAUUUUAAGCUCAUGAAUAAAGAUAUAUCUGUGUUGAUCUCUAGAUAUUUUUAGUAAUACCCAAAUAUAUUCAGUCCUUAUUGUUUUAAUAUAAACUUUCUGUGUUCAGUAUAAUUUUAUUUUUCUCAACCUUAAAUAUGAACUUAGGAAAUAAGGAGGGAAGUACAAAGAUUAUUGACUAUACAACCUACCAGCUGAAAGAAAGAUCUUCAUCAACAUCUGUAUCUUUCCAGAGGUAUACAGAAUUAAAAUUUGAUCUUCAAGCUUUAAUGAUCCAGUUUUAAGUCAACGGCAGAAAUAUGUUGAAUAUUUCAUCACUCAGUCUUGAACUGAUUUAGAAGAGACUCUUUGCUGAAAUUGAAUUGCACUUAUACAUGUAAAUUGUCAACAUGUAAUUUGGAAUUUUCUGAUUAAUAAAUGUGGUUUUGGACAUCUUUUCGGGUAUAGUGACAAUGGAAAAUAGUUUAAACUUUAGGAAUAGAGUAGGUAAUGUUAUAGAUAAUCAAAAGCAAUUGUAAUUGUAAAGCUGCUGUAAUCUAGUGAUCUCUAGUUAUAGUGAGGAACGCUAUGAUUGGAUGAGAUGUUUGAUAAAAGUAAAAUGUGUAUGAAAUUACAUAUAAACAGAUUAUUAGCUUAUUGAAAGAUCUCAUAACAUUGGAGGAAAAAUAUUCAUAAUCUUUAGCAAAACUAGUAGACUUUUGUUUAAAAGAAUAAGAUAGGACUAGUUGUCACUAUAUUAGCUUAAGGAAAUGUUGGUAAUUAUUACUGUUGCUGAACUCUGGCUGCUUUUAAGCAAAAUGACAGAUUGCCAUUUUCUAAGUGGAAUAUACUAAUCCAUUAGACCAUGGCCCUCUUUUAAUAUUUAGUGAGAAAUUACUUGCAGUUGCUUUAUUUUAGGUUUUUUGAGAAACUCUUAGGCCUUGUUUUGGUAUCACUGUUAAUCAAAAUCCUUUUCACUUUGAUUCCAAUUACAAUACUAUAUUAUCAUCAUUUUCCAUCUUGCAUUUUCAGUGGUGGUGGAUAUUCUAUUCCACAUUUGGUGCUAGUCCUAAGAAUCUUUGUCGCAUGUUAUACAUAUAGACUGCAAAAUUCAUAAGAUAUAAGUCCUGCAAAAAGUAUAGUUGAAGAAAACUUGAAGUAACUAGAGUAGAAUACUUUCUCCUAAUAAUCUCUUAAAUGCUCUCAUAUCCACAGUAUAAAAUUAUUCCGUGUCCAUAAUCGGUCCAACUACUAUAAGGAGAAAAUUGAUGUGUGCUUAAGAAAAUAUGUACUAAAUGAUUCAUAUUUCACAGACCUACAUAAGAAAAAAAUGGCACAUCAGGUAAAUGAUAGUUGUUUAUCACACAGUAGGGAAAGGAAGAAACAUUAAAAUAUCAGGAAGGAGAUGAAAUGUCUCUGAAAUACAAGAAGAAUGACAUAAUAGCAAGUAGUGGUUCUCAAACGUUGUGCAUUGGAAUCACAGGAAGGAUUUGUAAAAACACAGGUGACUACCCUAUUCCUCUCCUCACCUGCCCUCUGCCCACUUUACUCCCUCCCCCUUCACCCUGGAGUUUCUGAUUUAGUAGAAAAUUUGCAUUUCUAACAAGUUCCCAGGUGAUGCUGAUGCUACUGGCCUGGAACACCACAUUAAGAACUAUUCAUAGGUAGUAUUUUUUUUAAAACAUCAUUGUGUUGUGCUUAACAUUGAUUGAUAAAGGAAUGUGCUUUUAACAUCUCCUUAAAAGGGCCCUUAGAUUUCCUCUAGAUAAAAGAAUUAGUAAUUUCAUCUGCAACACAUACAAUUUUUUUAAAUUUUAUAAAAUUUAGUUAAAUGUUUGUUUUACACUGACUAUGGAAACAGCACUAUUUUAGAUACAGAAAGAAAUCAAUAAACAUAGCCUGUGUUCACAAUUCACUCAUCCUUUUGUUAUAAAAAGACUUGAAAUUAGGGUUAUGUUUUAACAUGAAAACAAAAUUUAGCCUUAACUUUUAUCCAUCUUCACUUUAGAAAUUAUAUUUAUGCAUUGUUUAUAGAUCAUUGUCAUUCGUUGUUGCUUGAGUGUUCAUCUGAUUUUAUAUUUAUGAUGUUAAAAAUAGACUGCUGACCAAUAAAUAAUAAAAUAUUUACACUCCAUUCUAUUUCCCUGUAUUCACAUCCUAUUAAUGAAAACCACUGGUUUUAAACAAAGUUACUUAUUUCAUAAAACUCACCACUAUUUUACUUGAUUCUCAAUAUGAGAAUAUUUCAUGAAUAUUUCACCAAAAUUUAUUCAAGGAAUUCAGAAGGACUCUCCAGCAGAGCAGAAUAUUUACAUCAUUAAAUUUUUUAAAAAAUUUAAAAAUGGCAAUUUAAACUUGUUUAAGAGACUCAACUUGGAGUUUCCUGACAUACGAAGGCAGAAUCAUUUUUUCUACCUGUCUGAAUCAGCACUUUGUAAGUUUACAUAAAAUUAAGGAUUGUGAUUUCUAAGAUAGGCAUGCUUUGCAAAUAUUUCUCUAUAACAGUGGAAGCCUCUUUCCCAUAGUGCUCACUUUAAGGCUUUCUGUAGGCCUGCCGAUAAGAUUCACUGCUGUUCAGGUACAUAAGAUGUAAUGUAAUUGGAUGCACAUGCUGGGCUUUGUAAAUAAAAUGAGAUUGACACCCAGCAAUUAUCUCAUUUAUCUGAUUUACAUUGUAAAAUCAGGAUCUACACUGUUGAUUAGAGCAUAAUUAGUUAAUUAUGAACAGGGAAAUACAAAGUUACAUGGAGCUUGAGCUCAGCAAAAUUUCCAAGGGCAUGAGCAGAUGGAAAUCAGUUUAUUAAAGAACAAAGCAGACAUGUUUCAGGUAUGGAAAUGUCUAAUUCUUCUCUCAUGCUGUGAAGAGUUGCUUGACCUUAUUGUGUACUUUCAUAUGAAUUGUUUUGUCUCAUCUUUCAUUUUCUUGUUUCACAUUUAAUCUUGUAAUCUGGCUGCCACAGAUAUAGCUAACUGAAUUGAUCCCACUCUUUAAGUGACUAUUAAAUACAGUUUUGGAUUUGGA